GGCACACCGGACUGUCACACUGUCACAUGGAGAAUCGCACGGCUGGAUCACACAGGAAAUCAGGCACAGAGAUGGUCACUCACAUGGGUCCUCUAAAAGAAGGUGGAGGUAGAAGAGGCCACUCCUGAAGAGCAGAACUGCUCUUAGGAGGACACACAUCGGGGCAUUCUUUAGAAUCUUUGUGUGGAGUUGGAGAAUUCUGGAACAAUUCCUGACCGUCUUGCCCCAGGAGACAGUCCUUGGAUGAAAUCAGAGCAUCCAGUGAACAAAGACGAAGGAGUGCUUAUGGAAGAUUUGGUGAACAUGUUUGAGAAGAAAGCCAAGACAGGUUGUAGUUUUUCCAAAAGGGACUUUCAUUAAAAGAAAACAGAAGAGGAAAAAAAUUACAUUGUGCACAAAAGUAUAAAAAUGAUGAAUUUCCUGAGUGGAGUUUUCUGCUGCAGAGGAGAAUGACUGCCCCAGCUUCCCUGCCUGAGAAAUAUGACCUUCUCCCCAAACAGAGCACAGAGGCGGAGGAAAUGACCUCUGGGCUCCUGGCAUCCAGAUCCAAGGAAUCACUGACAUUCAAGGAUAUGUCUAUGAGCUUCACCCAAGAUGAAUGGGGACAUUUUGAUUCUACUCAGAAAAGUCUGUAUAGAGAUGUGAUGCUGGAUAACUACAGGAACCUGGCUUCAUUGGCAGGACAUCCAGUUUCCAAACCAGAUGUGAUUUCUCAUUUGGAGCAUGGAAAAGGCCCCUGGACCAAGAAGGAAAUUCCAAAAAGCAACCGCCUAGGUACUUCCCUGGCUAAGCACCAGUUUGUCUUACCCAGAGUUUUCUGUCUGAUGAUAUGCUGCUUCUCACGAGUUGCCAGACCUCAACUUAUUUGAAGCAUUUUGCUCAUUUCUAGUCCUGAUCUCUCUGGCUUGGAGAAUCUCCUCUAAAAGCAUCAGGACCAUACUGCUUUUGGUAACUUUUGCUGAUGCCUUUGCCUAGGUUGUUUCCAUCCCGUCAUUCAUUAUCAUCAUAUAUAAAGGAUUCAUACUAGGGUUAGGUUAUAUGGGCUCUACUUCCCUUCUCUGAACUGAUAGGGGAGCAUGGGAAAGAAGGGAGCACUUUGGUGUACACUAUAGCAAGAGUCUUCAGAUCCCAAGGCAUAUGUGAUCAACUACCACUCCACCCUUCCUGGAGCAGCCAAUAUUGGGACUUAGUACAACCUACUCUUCAUGCCUUAUCUCUGAACAAUUCUUCAUUCCACCUUCCCGUAGGCAUGUAAGCCUCUAACUUCCCUUUUGGUAUGGGGGUAAGCUCUUCUGGGUAUUUAUAAUCCAAACCCUAUUUGUUACCUAUAGCAAUACCUGAGCAGAUGUCAUUGGUAAAUAACCACUCCAACCACCCAAUAUGCUCACUCCCUAUCUCCCCUGAUCAAUUUAUGGCUGUGGCACUAGACUUCUAAUUGGUUUCCCAUCUCAAAUCUUUCCCUACUUUAAUCCAUUCUUCAGACAACCACCAAAAUGAUUUUCCUAAAGUAGAUCUGACCAUAUUCCCUGCCAAUUCAAGAAACUUCAGUGGCUCCCUGUUCAUUCUGAGAUCAAAUAUAAACUGCAAUAUUUGGCAUUUAAAGACCUCCAAAACCUGGCCCCAACCUACCUUUCUAACUUUGUUAUACAGUUCUAUUAUUCAUGCACUGUACAAUCCAAUCACAUGGGCCUUCUUGCUGUUCCUCAUCUUUAUACAAAACCAUCCAAAAUAUCCAAAUAUGAAUAGGAUAUUAAACAUCCAUUAAGCAGAACCAUGAAAAUAAAGAGGAAUGCAUUUAUAGAAGAAGCUCUCUGCUGAGUUGAAUUCAGAGACAAUUCACUUUUGCUUAUCAUUUUCCCAUUGUGUAUGAUGAUUGUCUUCAUGCAGAAAACAUGACUCCUGAAGAGCUAUUAUGUUCACUGUUAUAACCUAUUGUUUAUUGUAAUUUGUAUUUGUGUAUGUUUUAUAAUGUGUGUACAGUAGAGCAUGUAUGUAAUUUAUAAAUAAAU